AUGGCACUCAUGAAUAGGAAGUGCAUCUGUGACCUUUGCUCCUGUGGCAGGCAUCACUGCCCGCAUCCCCCUACCAAGAUUUAUGAGAAGUCAGAGAAAUCAUGUCAUUUCACCGAAUACACCGAGAAAUAUCCUACCUAUCAUUCUUACACGGCGCGAGAGUCCUUCAAACCCAAGGUAGAGUACCAGAAAGGAACAAUACCAAUGGAAGGCCUGUCCACAACCAAGAGAGACUUUGGGAUUCACAGCAUAGUACCGGUGAAACAUCAUCGUCCUGACAAGUUCACACCAUGCCAAGAUGAAAUGGAUUUCCUGACAACAUAUAAUCAACACUACAACUACUACCCUGCCAGUCGAGUGUGUUGCAUCAAACCUCGAGACAACAAACAUCCGUGUGCUGACAAAAUGGAGAGUGUGCCUACGUACAAAGCUGAUUAUUUACCUUGGAACCAACAAAUAAGACCUCCGUUUCGUCCACAGCAAACAUACCGUCCUGCGUCCUGUAGGUUCGAUCAUAGAACCACACACCAGGACGAUUAUCCCAUGAAAAAUCUUGUGGAUACAGUCAGUUACAAACCUUCACCUGGGCCAAAGCUCUGUAACAUCCCCCUGGAGAAUAUGACGAGCUACAAAGCGAGCUAUGUGGCCCAUCCUGUGGAGAAACGGUAUGUGUACGAGGCGGAAAAGUAUAAACCAUGUGAAAUCCCUUUUGAUGGCCUUACCACCCACAAAGAUUCCUACAAGGGUUUGAUGGGGGAGCCUGCGAAGAGCUGGAAACCUGGAUCCAAGCACUGUGGGCUAGAUACACCUUUCCCAAACAACACCGAAUUUCGAGAUAAAUUUCAAGCUUGGCCAACACCUCAGAUAGUCCCCAAAGAGUCUGUUCCCUAUAUUCCUCCUGAAGGGAAGAUGGAUCUUCUGACAACUUCGCAAGCUGACUACACAUGCCCCAAUGGUGUUCCUUCUCAGUCUUGCCGGUCAGUCCACCCCAUAAAGAAGUGUGAGCGCUUUGAAGGCUCCACCACCACCAGAGAGGAUUACAAACACUGGGCCAACGUGCGCAGGGAUCCAGUCAAACCUGCUUCCCAGCUGAAAUUCCCUGAUGAGCCUAUGGAUUACAUGACCACCAAUCGUGCACACUAUGUGGCCCACACACCUGUCAAUACCAAAAGCUGCAAGCCUACUUGGUCUGGCCCUCGUGGAAACAUCCCUUUAGAAGGUCAAACCACCUAUUCUACCAGCUUUACCCAUAAGGAAAUUCAAAGGUGCCCAGCCUCAUAUUCUGAACCCCCUGGUUACAUCUUUGAGGAGGUGGAUGCUGUAGGGCACAAGUUGUACAGGCCGGCUUCUCAACAGAGCAACCACCUUGGCUUUGGUGAUGCGGAAAGUCCUAGCCAGAGAGAAUUGGCAGUCCCAGCCCAUCACUGA